AUGUCUUUGCCUACAUAUGAACAGCCGAAAAAAUCGUGGCUCUCACUGCCCACCAACCCUGUGACUCGACUGAAACAGUCCCUCUUCUUCAACGUCCAGAACAGCCCCUACACCAGAUCCCGUGAUGAGAUCCUGCGCGAGAUUGACACGCGACACAGACACGACACGCAGGAGUUUCUCGAGCUUCAGAAGGCUGCCGUUGACCUGGUAGCUGUUGGAGAGCUCAGUGGCACCUACAAGACUGUUGAUUAUGUGAUCCCUGAGCCUGAGAAGGAUAAGGGACAAGGUGGAGAUAAUGACGAUAGUGAGGACGACAGCGAUGAUGAUGAGGUGGUGGAGGCUGGUCCUUCUGGUGGCGCUAUUGAGGAGGCGAUUCCUGAAGCCUCGUCUUCUCUAGCUGGACCUUCUGGUUCAGGACGGGAAGGUCUGUUUCGACCUUGCUCGGAAGAGUCAUACGAGCUGCUCUCUUACCUUCCUCUCCCCUUCACCAAGCCCUGCACAGUCUACCGAACUGGGUAUGUGUGUGAGGCGGCUGCGUCUGUGCUCAAUGCCCUGCUGGGCUUCAACGUGGUCCCUCUGACACGUGUUACUUCCGUCAAGGAUAAAUUGGGCUCUUUGCUUGAGCUUGAUGACGAUGCUAUUGCCGCCUUUGAGUACUUCAAGGCCAACGGCGAGGAAAAUACUCCCGAGUGGCUCAAUCUGGAGAUCCAGAAGCUCGCGGUGGUGGACUGGCUGUGUCGAAACAUGAACCGAACCCCUGGCAAUUGGUACAUUAACACCGCCACCGAGCAGAUUCACGGUAACGGUCUGGACACCGGUUACGACUCGUGUUUCCCCUACAAGCACCCCUGGAUGUUCCGGUGGAACCUUCCUGGCAAGGUGACAAGUGCUCCCUGGAGCGAGGAGAUCAGAGCUCGAGUUGUGCCUCUGCUAACGUCACAGGAGUGGUGGCAAGUUGCCUCGGACGCCUUGUACCAUACCUUCUUUGACAACCACGACGACUUUGAGGAGGGAUUCUGGAACUCUCAGUGGGCCAUUUUCCGCGGCCAAGCUUACUUGCUGUUGAGUAACUUGCUCAGAAAAGACUCUACUCCUGACGACUUGUCUCGAGGCCAUCCUAAGUUGAUGAUUGCGUACGAUGGAGGUAUGGACAAGGCUCAGAGAGGCGUGGAGUUGUACAUUGAGCCUAAGGGUAAAUAA